AUGACUGCUUUCUCAGAGCCACUUGCUCACUCCGUGAGAAAAAGAAGACAGGCGGAGUUUCCGAGGCAAACUUUGCGCAAGUGGACUACAGGCUGGAGACAUCUCACGUCGAAACCGCCUACAUCGACCCUCCUCUACUGCCUUUCCGCACAACAAGACCUCGUGCGCGAGCUAUGGCGGUGCUAUCCUCCCUCACUCUCCGCUUCUACUCCAGCCGCUGCUCUCAUUGAGGGCGGAGCCGCGCUUCCCGUUCCUUUGCUUUCUUUACACGCCGCCGCAUUACCAGCUUCUGUGUAA